AUGAGAAUGGUCGUACUGAGCGUAAAGAAGAUAGUGAGUAUAGAAACCUUCGAAUCCGAUCUACAGUCAUCUUUCCAGCUUUAUAUCUCUGCGUCUCGAAUUUCAGCAAGGAAACUUGUCGAUCAGGCGGUUCCUUUUGGUGGAGCAAUGUCGCGGAACAAGGGUUUAGCUGAACAAGAUCUAAGUAAACUUGAUGUAACUGUGCUACAUCCUCUUUCUCCCGAGGUUAUUUCUCGCCAGGCAACCAUAAACAUAGGGACCAUUGGGCAUGUCGCACACGGAAAGUCGACUGUUGUGAAAGCUAUCUCUGGUGUUCAGAAUGAAUUGGAGCGUAACAUUACCAUUAAGCUUGGAUAUGCAAAUGCCAAGAUCUACAAAUGUGAGGAUGACAAAUGCCCUAGACCAAUGUGCUACAAGGCCUAUGGAAGUGGCAAGGAAGACAACCCAAACUGUGAUGUCAUUGGAUUUGAGAACUCCAAGAUGAAACUCUUGAGGCAUGUGUCAUUCGUGGAUUGCCCGGGACACGAUAUUCUCAUGGCGACAAUGCUCAACGGGGCAGCCAUCAUGGAUGGUGCACUGCUUCUAAUUGCUGCGAAUGAGACCUGUCCGCAACCACAAACCUCUGAACAUCUUGCUGCCGUCGAGAUUAUGCAGCUUAAGCAUAUCAUAAUCCUCCAGAACAAGAUUGAUCUUAUCCAAGAGAAUGUAGCCAUUAACCAGCACGAGGCAAUUCAGAAGUUCAUAAUGAACACUGUUGCUGAUAGUGCCCCUAUCGUCCCCGUCUCAGCACAACUGAAGUACAACAUCGAUGUUGUAUGCGAGUACAUUGUCAAGAAGAUCCCAAUCCCUAAGAGGAACUUUGUGUCACCACCAAACAUGAUAGUGAUUCGGUCUUUUGAUGUCAACAAACCCGGGUUUGAGGUUGAUGAGAUUAAAGGUGGAGUUGCAGGUGGAAGUAUCCUCCGGGGUGUGUUGAAAGUGAACCAGUUGAUUGAAAUCCGACCAGGUAUUGUCGUCAAAGACGAGCGUGGCAACCCAAAGUGCACUCCGAUUUACUCUCGGAUCAUCUCACUCUACGCGGAACAGAACGAGCUUCAGUUUGCAGUUCCUGGUGGUCUCAUUGGAGUUGGAACAACAAUGGACCCGACUCUGACUCGUGCUGAUCGUUUGGUUGGUCAAGUCCUUGGAGAAAUCGGUUCCCUUCCUGAUGUCUUUGUCGAACUUGAGGUGAACUUCUUUCUUCUAAGGCGUCUGUUGGGAGUGAGAACAAAGGGGUCAGAGAAGCAAGGCAAAGUGUCGAAGCUGACAAAGGGAGAGAUUCUGAUGCUCAACAUUGGUUCCAUGUCGACUGGAGCCAAAGUUGUGGGAGUGAAGAACGAUCUGGCUAAGUUGCAACUGACGGCGCCGGUUUGCACCAGCAGAGGAGAGAAAGUGGCUCUAAGCCGGCGUGUGGAGAAGCAUUGGCGUUUGAUUGGUUGGGGUCAGAUUCAAGCUGGAACCACCACUGAAGUUCCUCCUUCACCUUUCUGA